UAACAACGCGCGCUCACCAUGUCGCUGGCGGAGGAGCUGCUGGCCGAUCUGGAGGAGGGUGACGGCGCCGACGAGCUGCCGGAGGCGCCGAGCGCACUGCCCGUCAUCCGGGAGGAGAAGAUGGAGAUGGAUGACCCGUGCGCGCCAGAGGCACCCGACGGCGCCGCGGUCCACUCGCUGCUGAAGUUGGCCGGCUCUGCCCGGCUGGAGGACAUGAUGCAGGCCGUGGAGAAGUUCUUCGCCAAGGAGCGGCGAGCCGAGGACAUGGUGGGACCGGUGGAGGCUGACCCCGAGUACCAGCUGAUCGUGGAGGUCAACCUGAUGGCGGCCGAAUUCGACACGGAGAUCGGCAUCAUCCACAAGUACUGCAAGGACCUGUAUGGCCGCCGGUUCCCCGAGCUUGACUCGCUGGUGGUGGCGCCACUUGACUACAUGCUGACCGCGCGCGAGCUGGGCAACGACCUGGAGCGCGUCAAGAACAACGACCAGCUGCAGCAGCUACUGACCCAGGCCACCAUCAUGGUGGUGUCCGUCACCGCCUCCACCACGCAGGGUGAGCCGCUACCCGAGGCUGACCUGGUGCGACUGGUGGAGGCCUGUGACCUGGCGCUGGAGCUGAACCAGAAGAAGCAGCGCAUCUACGAGUACAUCGAGUCCCGCAUGGGUUUCAUCGCGCCAAACCUGUCGGCCGUGGUGGGGGCCGCCACCGCCGCCAAGCUCAUGGGCGUAGCCGGAGGCCUGACGGCCCUCUCCAAGAUGCCGGCCUGCAACAUCAUGCUGGUGGGAGCGGAGAAGCGGAGCCUCUCCGGCUUCUCACAGGCCAACGUGCUGCCACACACCGGCUUCAUCUACUACUCGCAGCUGGUCCAGGAGCUGCCGCCCGACCUGCGCCGCAAGACGGCGCGCGUGGUGUCGGCCAAAGUGGCGCUGGCGGCGCGCGUCGACAGCUUCCACGAGUGCCCGUCGGGCCACGUGGGCCGCAGCCUCCGGGAAGAUAUUGAGAAGAAGCUGGACAAGAUGCAGGAGCCACCUCCGGUGAAGGCGGUGAAGCCGCUGCCGGCGCCCAUCGACAUGCCGGGCAAGAGACGCGGCGGCAAGCGCGUGCGCAAGAUGAAGGAGCGCUACGCCGUCACCGAGAUGAGGAAGCAGGCCAACCGCAUGACCUUUGGAGAGAUCGAGGACGACGCGUACCAGGAGGACCUGGGCUACACGCGCGGCAACAUCGGCAAGGGCGGCACGGGCCGCAUCCGCGCAGCGCAGAUCGACGAGAAGACCAAGGUACGAAUCUCCAAGACCCUGCAGAAGAGUCUGCAGCGACAGCAGAACUACGGCGGCACAACGACCGUCAAGAAACACGUGGCUGGCACGGCUUCCAGCGUGGCCUUUACACCGCUCCAGGGUCUCGAGAUCGUCAACCCGCAGGCGGCUGAGAAGAAGGUGUCAGAAGAUAACGCCCGCUACUUCUCGAGCGUCGCCUCCUUCGCCAAGGUGGAGCGCGACUGAACGUUCGGGUCACCCCUGAUCUGAGGUCACAGGCACGACCCCGGCACGUGACCUGAGGCCACCGCGGGCCGCGGGUCCGUACACUGCCCGGCCCGAUGGGCAGAGAUCGACGGCCUCCUGGGUGUGGCGCGAUGGCGGCGGGGCUGGGCCGCACGCGGCGGGUACGCGCGUGACCGGCAGGGCCUCCGGAAGCACCCGGGGCCCCCUGCAGAGGCCUCGGGGGAUAGCAUGAAGACAGCCAGGGUUUUACUGGGGUCUGGGUGACGUGUAGGCCAGAACCUGAGAACGCUGGAGCCCACGUGAACAAGACAAGGCAAUGCAAGACACGACACGGCACCGUGAGGACGGGGAACGUGGACGUCAUGCCCGUCGGCGGGGUAUCGUAGCUCUACCUCCGCGGAGCUCGGCUAUUCGUCCAGGCCUCUGGCGUCGACUUCUGUUGUGGACUUGUCGUGACUCCCGCCUGCGGCAAGUGCACGCGCCUGGACCUCACCACCGCCGCAUGGCUGUGUGGAGACGGCGGCUCCGCACCGCGCGGUGUCUCGGUGGCUCCCCCAUCACAGCGGCCGCGAGCGGCUAAUAUACCCCGGCGGGGUGUGACCGCCGCCGCGGUGCUGGCGGGGUCGUCCCGGCCGCCCCGCCCGCCGGCGGCCGGGACUGCCCGUAUCCGCCGGGGCGGUGGAAGCGUCUCGCGUGCGGCCCCCCCAGCCGGGUGGGCGCGCGGCGUUUGGGCGGCGUGGCUCUCUCAUCAUGUGUGUGACUACUUCAUCAGGUGCGGUGAUGUGCUGAGACCGCGCUUGGUCCGGAAGGCUCAAGUGGCAAAU